AUGGCAUCGGUAGACCAGUCACCGAAAGCCCAUCAAAAUCCGAUCCACAGAAAAACUGGAAGAAUCUUUUUCUACGACGGUUCUAAUCAGAACUUAGCUGCGAUCCCCCCGGGGAUCUUCGCCUUGAAAGAAUUAGAAGAAGUGCAUUUGGAGCAUAACCGCAUCGAAGAAAUCCCCCAGGACAUCCAGCACUUAAAGAACCUCAAAAUCCUCUACCUGAACAACAACAAGCUCAGCAAGCUGUGCCCCCAGCUGGGAAGUCUGAGCAAGCUGGAGGGCCUGGACCUGAGCGACAACCCCAUUCUCCCCUCCUGGAUCCCGGUGCUCAGCACCAUCCGCUCCCUGCGCCAGCUCCGCCUCUACCGCACCCACGUGGGCGAGAUCCCCAAGGAGAUCUGCAAACACCUGCACCACCUCGAGCUGCUCGGGCUGUCCGGCAACCACCUGAAAUCCCUGCCCAUGGAAAUUGUGAACCAGACCAAGCUGAGGGAGCUCUACCUGAAGCAGAACCAGUUUGAGGUUUUCCCGCCGGAGCUCUGCGUCCUCUGCAACCUGGUGAUCAUCGACCUGGACGACAACAGGCUCAUGGCCCUUCCAGAGGAGAUCGGGAACCUGACGCAGCUGCAGAAGCUCUACGUGGCCCACAACAGCCUGCACUUGCUCCCAGAGUCCCUGUGCCAGUGCGACAAGCUGAUGGUGCUGGACAUAUCCUACAACCGCCUGCACUCCAUCCCGCACACCCUGGAGAGCCUCGUGGAGAUGACGGAGGUGGGGCUGAGCGGGAACCCGCUGGAGAAGGUGCCGCGCCAGGUCUGCAAGUGGACCUCGCUGCACCUGCUCUACCUGUGCAACACCGGCCUGCGCGCGCUGCGCCGCUCCUUCCGCCGCCUGGUCAACCUGCGCUUCCUGGACCUCAGCCAGAACCACAUGGAAGGCUUCCCCUUGCAGAUCUGCUCGCUGAGGAACCUGGAGAUCCUGGCGCUGGAUGACAACAAGAUAGGGAAGUUACCUUCAGACUUCAGUGCACUUUCAAAACUGAAAAUUCUUGGACUAAGUGGGAAUCAGUUCACUUCAUUUCCAGAAGAAAUCUUUUCUGUAGAGUCUUUAGAGAAGUUAUACAUUGGGCAAGACCAGGGAGCCAAGCUCACCUAUAUGCCAGAGGACAUCGGGAAACUACAGAUUCUUAAAGAGCUGCAUAUAGAAAACAACCAUCUGGAGUACUUGCCAGUGGCCUUGGGAUCAAUGCCUAACCUGGAAAUUCUUGAUUGCCGCCACAAUCUGCUUAAGCAGCUUCCAUCUGCCAUCUGCCAAGCACAAGCUUUGAGAGAAUUACUGCUUGAGAAAAACUUGCUCACCCAACUUCCAGCUGAUUUUGACAGUCUAGUGAAUCUCAAUGUUCUGACGCUUAUGGACAAUCCUAUGGAAGAGCCCCCCAAAGAAGUGUGCACUGAAGGCAAAGAGGCUAUAUUCAAAUACCUUCAGGAGAAAAGGAAGAGGAAACUGGUAGCAACAAAGAUUCAGUCCUGGUGGCGUGGAAUCAUGGUACGGAGAGGAAUUGGGAAAUUUUCUGAACUAUUAAAAAUGAAAAAGAAAGGAAAGAAUUCUCUAAAAUCUAAGUCAGGAAAGAAGGGUGCAAAAGGAAAAGCUGUAAAGGAAAAGAAGAAAUAA